AUGUACACCCUAAUCUCAGCAACCCCCUCGCCCUACGCGCGGAAAGUGCGCAUAACGCUCGCAGAACAAGGCGUCCCUUUCACACUCCAGACCGAAGUACCCUGGGACUCAACGACCAAGACACCCGAGUACAACCCACUCGAGAAACUCCCCGUCCUAAUCCCAGACAACGGCGCCAAACCAGUCUACGAAUCCCACUUCAUCCUCGACUAG